AGUGAAAAAUAGAAUUAUUGAUUAUGGUGAAGAAGAAAAAUUAAUUGGAUAUAUUUGGCCAUUUUUGCGGAAAGAAUUUGUGAUAAGUGAUUAUAUAAAUAAUAUACUGCUCCAAAAAGGAUCGAAUUUUCCUCUCAAUUUCCUUUUUAACAAUAAAUUAAUGUCUAUAUCAAAUAAUAAAAAAAUUUAAUGAACGUUAAUCGUGUCCCGUCGGUUGAAUGAUUGUACAAUACUAUCCAUAGGAUUUUCAAGAAAACAUAAGGAAAAAAAUAAUAGUUUCAAGGAUUGCAAAAUGGAGACAAGUGAUCCGUCGGGUAGGCUAACGGCGGAAGACUUAUCGGAUUGCAUAAGCGACAGCAGUCACUCGGAAUCUCAAUUAAGAGCAUUUCAAAGUUAUGAGCGUAUCAAAGAGUUGAAUUUGUCUAUCGAUAAAUCUAAAGAAGAUGCAUCAACGGAAUCAAAAGACUUUCAUCUUGGUCUCGAAAGCGGCGAUAGGACGUCUCUUCGAUUUAACGAAUUUCCGUGCGAAAAUCCGGCUAGAAAUCUGACUAUGACGUUGAAUAAGAUCAAGGAUUUUGAUUACUCCGCUAAUAACUUCUCUGAAAUUAAUUAUCCUUUGGAUAGAUCAAACGAGAACGAAGAAUCGGUUGAUGCUGCGACGACGCUUUGCAGAUCAAAAAAUUCCAGUGCUAAGAACGUGUUAUUUAAUUUGCGCGAGACCAAACAAAGGAGUCCUCAUGCAUCAUUAUCCUCUUUAGAUAGGUACAGCAAAGAUCUCAAUUUCGUAGUGGAAAAAGAGAUGAAAGAUUUUAGCCUGCUCAAGAAUUAUAAUCUCGACCGUAUGAAAGAGUUUAAUUUUUCCUUGGAUAGAAUGAGGGAUACUCACAUUAGCAGUUUGGCUCUCGAAAGAUUGCGUGGUGGCACCGGUCUACUGGAAAAUUCAAAUAUGCUAGAUCACAAGGAAUUCAGGAACUUGCAAGUGCAACCGAGGAAUCCUGAUCUUGAAGCCAUUGCUUUGGAGCGUAUGAGACGCUCGCAUCUACUUGGUACGGAGUUAUCCGCGCAAAAUCUGUCGACGCAAGUGCCGCAUCCGCACUCGAUUACGCACAUGCAGCAUUCUCAGCAACAGCAGCAGCAACAAGCAAAAUCCUUCACUAUCGACGCCAUUCUAGGUCUAAGGAAUAAUCAACGAGAGAAACGAAAUCAACAACAACAAUAUAGGAAGCAUCAAGGUCAGGAAAGCUCGACAAAGAAUAGUAGUUCGAGUUCCAGUUCUAGUGGAGGUGGCAAAGUGAAGAGGGUACGAACAAUUUUCACGGCGGAACAAUUGGAACGUCUAGAGGGUGAAUUUGCGCGUCAGCAAUACAUGGUGGGCCCUGAAAGAUUGUAUUUGGCUCAUGCACUUCGAUUGACUGAAGCGCAAGUUAAAGUUUGGUUCCAGAAUCGUCGAAUCAAAUGGCGAAAGUUGCAUCACGAGCAACAGAGCCAGAGAGUGCAUGAGUUCCAACGCACGUUGAACUCUUCGUUGGAGCACGAAGACAGCAACGAAACUGACAAAUGGUGAAACAGAAAUUCACGAUCUACGCGAAAUCCUCGAUCGUGACUGUCACUUUGAUCCUUCUUCCUUAAGUAUGCUGCUCUAUCCUUUUCAUUUUAUUGUCUUAGGAAUUCGAGAAGUUAUUCUACAUGGAUGUAAUUGCAAACGAGAUUUCAAACGUGCAAUUAUCGAUUUUUUGAAGAAAUACUGUUUUCCAUAACUUCUCAUAAAAUAUCUACGUCGCAUCUUUCUUUCUUUACUCUCAUCUCUGUGCAAAUCGUCUUGCCAGUUUUUAUAUUUUAUUAUAAAUCUCAUUCUUUGGAAAAAUUGUAUAUGGAUUGCAGAUUGUGACGAAGAGAACUGUGUACUGCAAAAAAAUAUUAACGUUUAUUGAUUAAAGUAAGUUUUUAGUUUUUAAAACAUUUUUUUCAUAUUUUAACUUAAAACUACGAAGAUAAAGAUAUGUUUGAUGUGACAUCUCACUGCAUUUCUAAAUAAUUAUAAAAAUAUUCGCGAUUAACAAAUUGUUAUGAUAAAAAGUGCAAAUCAUACUUGAGUCAAAUUUAAACAUUUUCGACAAAA